AUGGAGCCUUCGCCUUCUCCGUCUGCUUGUGACCCUCCUUGCGACGAUAGCUCACCAUCGCCUGGUUCACCCAGCAAACGCGAGUACCUGCUUGCGCAGAUCCGCCAGAAAGACAUCAUCAUCGAGAAGCUGCUCCGCGAGCUGCACAACCCCUAUGCGGCGACUCCGCUUUCGAUCGCGUCCUACCGUAUGGCGACGUCGCCUUCGGACCACAACAACCGCAAUGUCAUUGCAUGGCUAGAUAGGCUCGAAGAGAGCGUGCAGGCCGCGGGAAGGUCAGGCGGUACGGAAGCGUUCAAGAUCGAUUCUCGCCUCCGCCCUGGUACGGGCGACGGCGACGAGGAGUCAGACGAUGAAGAUGAUACGGAACGUGGCAGUGCAAACGACGACGACGCGGAGGCGGAGGCGGAGGCGAAGCUGCAGGCCUUGCCAGACGCGACUGUUCCUCUCGGUCUGCUUGCUCACCUCUCGCUGGAUAACCCGAAGACCAAGAAGGGCAAGAAACGGGCGGGUGCUGAGGGGAGCGAGAACGAGGAAGUGGGUGUGGCGAAUGAGACAUACUUCCUACCGGGACCUGCAUUUGACCUGUCCAUCCGUGCGUCGUUGAUUGAGAACCACAGCCCCCCUGAGAUCCUGGUCCAUGGUUUGGUCACACCAGACGACGUGGAUAAGCUCUUCGACAUCUUUUACACCAGGUUGAAUGUCCAUGUCACACUACUUGAUCGGGAAAUCCACACUGUCCAGUCCACCUUCGCCCGUUGCCCGUUCCUCUUCACCGUCGUAUGCGCCAUCUCCUCCCGUUACUACAAGGACAAGUCGGAAAUCUAUCCGAUUGCGAUGCACUUCGCCCGGCGUGCUGCAGCGGAUGGCCUGCUCAACGGCUGGAAGUCGGUCGAGCUUGCGCAAGCGUACAUCCUCCUCAGCACCUAUGCAGUCCCCGCACGAAGGUGGGAAGAGGAUCGAAGCUGGCUGUACAUCGGUCUGGCGAUCCGGAUUGCGACCGACUUGAAUCUCCACCAACUUUCGACUGUGAAGCCAAGGAACGACCAGCACAAGCGUGAGAUACUCAACCAGGAGCGACUUUGGUUGAUAUGCCACAACCUCGAUCGCUCAAUGGCCACACAGUUCGGAAAGCCGUCGACGAUUAGGGAGGACUAUAUCAUCCGCAACUCCGAGAACUGGUACAAGAGAUCGCCGUUGAACCAUCAGUGGGACUGCGGUCUGUCAUCUUAUACACAGCUUCUGCGGAUAAUGGCCCGUUUCCAUGAGGAGAUAUACUCAGACCCGAAUUCGCCUACCGGGCUGAAUCAGAACCUCGACUUCCGCGAAAUGUCCGUUCGGCAUGAUGAGAGCCUAACUCACUACUUCGAGGAAUGGACUCGGCGGUUCAAAGAUGACACUGACAUGCAGGACCCUGCGUGCGCGUUCCGAGCGUCACUGCUCCCCUUCCUCACGAGCUAUUCGCGACUCGUCAUGUACUCGUUUGGCUUCCAGCAAGCGUACAAGCGCGGCAUUCAGCCUGAGGACCAGACUGUCCUAGAUAACUGUUUCCAGGCCGCGAAAUCUGUGAUCUUGUGCAUGAUCGAUACGCUAUGCCCGAGCGGGUAUAUGCGGUUCUCGCCGGACGGUCAUUUUAUUUUCGCGUCAUUUGCAUCUGCAUUCCUUCUCAAGUUGAUGCGUCCCGAGUUCAAGUCGCUCAUCACCUCCGCCCAAGAGUCUGAGAUCUUCGACCUGAUCGGCCGGCUCAUCCAGACGCUAGGCAGCCCCGAGAUUGCCAUCGACGAGCGGCACACACCCAAGCUGCACGCGCGCUUCCUUGCGGGACUUCUAACCAAACACCGGAGGGAUACCGCGACUGCUGGCCGCAUCCAAACCCAACAGCAGCCGCCUCCCUCACAGGUCUCCCCGCACAGCCAGGUCAGCUCAUCUGGGAGCACGCACACGUUCUCAGCUAGCGGGAGUGCUGGGACAAGCCCGGGUGACACUGCGUUCCCCGGCGGUAGCAUGGGCUACGCUGGCGAGGGUCACCUCAUACUUGGUUCGGGGCAGGGAGAGCCUGUCUACCAGGAGGACACCGCGUAUGCUGCCGGUACGGGCCCGCUGGAGGUGUUCGACUUCGGUGCCGUGGCAGGACAGGGUAUCGAGACGCUUGGUGCCUUGCAGGCUUUGCAGAACCCAUCGUACUGGCGAGAUAUGAUGAUGCCUGGGUACUCCUGGCCGGAGAACAAUGAUUCUUAUGGCUUGAAUGGGAACAUGGGCGGAUUCGGCCAGAACUUCGGUGCGCUCCAGACUGCGGAAGUCGGUCUGUUCGGAUAG